AGUAUCAUGCAUUACACGGAUAAAGUCGGUCUAAUUUUCAUUUUUAAUUUCUUCCCGUUCAUUUAUUGCGACGGUUCAUUCGACUGUCGUACAAUAGACGGAAAGACAUAUUGUGUUUAUGACGAGUAUGAAAAAUCUAAAGAUGCUCAGUGUGAAAAAAGCGAAAAGACCUUACCAAUCUUUAAAAAUUAUGAUGAAUAUAAAAGAGUAUUUGAUGAACUAUUAGUACCUAACGUAGCUUCGAACAAGUAUUUUACAUUUCCCAUUACAUAUUCCGGUGGAAAAUGGAUUUGGAUGGAUUGCACUGAAUUAGAUUCAUCUUUCACAAAUACUUUUACCAACAGUUUACCUUCAUCUCCUGGCGAUAAAUGUGCUAGGAUAAAAAUGUCAGACCCUGAUCAUUGGUAUACGGCAGACUGUAAUAAUGCUGAAUCAUAUCCUCUCUGCGUAAACGUUGAUGAAGGAGCGUGCACUUACCGAUAUUAUGCUGCAGGAAAAGAACUUUGUCUUAUUAAUAAAAAGUUCACAGAUUAUGCAACAACAAAUUCCAGAUGUAAUAACUUGCAAUAUUCACUUUUGGAAGAAGAUUCAUCCUUCAGAGCUCACAUUCUAAAUCUGUGUAUUAUGAAAGGAAAAACUGAUGAAGAUGUAUGGGAGAAAAAUAUAGCCAAAGAUAAAUUCUAUGUAAAUAUUAAGAGAUACUCUGGUGUUUAUAAAUAUGUCACAAGUCAAAUAUCUAUAGGAUCUGGGUCUGGGUGGGACCCAGAUGGAAAUAAGGAGUGUGUGCUUCACAAAUUAGAAGACAAAGUUGAAGACAAGGACUGUACAGAAGAUUCUGUUGCCUUUUGUGCGAGAGACUACACCCCAACAACUGAACCAACAACUGCACCAACGACUAUCGAAACAACUCAAACAACAACCAUACCGACGACUACACCGACGACCAUGCCAACGACUAGACCGACAACCUCACCAACGACUAUCGAAACAACUGAAACAACGACCAUGCCAACGACUAGACCGACAACCUCACCAACGACUAUCGAAACAACUCAAACAACGAUCAUACCGACGACUACACCGACAACCUCACCAACGAUCAUCGAAACAACUCAAACAACAACUAUACCAACCACCUCUUCAACUGCAGAGCAAACAAGUCAGCCAGUAACCGCACCGUCAUCUACACCAAUAUCAACCAAAUCAGCAACAAUUAGAACAACAACAUCGACAACGGCUCAGAAGUUUACUACAACAUCAGCCUCGCCAACUAUUACUGAGGAAGUAACACGUGAACAAACAACAACAACGUCGAAAACAAUUAACAUAUCGACAUCAAAAGCUGCAACUACUAAAACGACAGAGAACUUCUCAACCAAGUCAACUGAAGAACCAACAACCGUGGCCGAUGAUACUACCCAAUCGAAAUCCGAUACAACGAUUACUGACGAUUUGAAAUUAGAAACUACAACAGUGCAAUUUAAUUCUUCUAAAUCUACAAAUGUUACAUCGAUUUUGUCGAGUACUUCUACGAAACAAGAAUCAUCGAUCCUUAAUAUCCGAACAACAAUAACUCCAGAAGAGAUUACUGAAACCGUUGUAAAACCUUCAGAUAAGAUAGAAUGUCCUUCUUUAGAAAUAGAAGGCAAACACGUUGCGAUUGAAAAUAAUGAUAGGUCAUAUGGAACAGUAGUGACAUAUCAAUGCCUUCCCGGUUAUAGUUUCAAAGAUAAAACAACCUUCAGAAGUACUGAAUGUAUCGGCAAAGGUACUUGGAGUACGAAGGUGGAGAUUUGUCAAGCUGUUCAAUGUACUAGUAAUAAUAACUUUCGAUCUCAUAUUGGUUCCUAUGAUAAGAUCGAAACAAUUCAUUGUGAUGGAGACAAAAAAAUGCACUCUGGAAGAUCCAAAGCAGAAGCUAGGUGCACACCGAAUGGUAAAUGGAAUACACAUCUGGAAUGCGUAGAUAAUCCUUGCGGACCUAUUCCUUUUACUCCAAAAUUAUUAGUUCGUAUAAAAAAAAUGUCUGGCUAUGGAAGCGAAAUAAUAUACAAAUGCCCAGAAGGUCAAAUAUUUAAUGAUGGAACUUAUAAACAAAUUUCCAAGUGUAAUAUUGAUGGCUGGUCUGUGAUAAGUUCAAUUUGUAUUCCCGACGUUUGCAAAGCUAUACCAGAAAUAAUUAAUGGAACUAGAAGCGGAAAUAAUACAAAAAUUGGUUCUAUUGUGAAUUAUACUUGUUUCGAUGGUCUUCGAUUUGAAGAUGGUUUAACAACAAGAAAAAUUUUUUGUACAAACUCAACGCUAUGGUCGAGAGAUGUUACAGAUUGUAAAGUGAGAUGUGUUGCAGCGCCUGUAUUUAAUAAUACAGUGCCUGAUAAAACAUUGACAGACAUUGGAACAACAAUAAACUAUAGCUGUAGAAAAGGUUACAUUUUUACAGAAGAUUCAAAUUCAAUUAAAAGUACAAACUGUAAUGAAAGUUUAAGUUGGACGCCACUAAAUAUAGCUUGUGAAAUUAUUGUUUGCCCGAAAUUACAUAUAAAAUAUGCAACUAUUAGUACAAACUUGGCUACCUAUGGAACUACCGUUCAAGUGAAUUGUAUGGAGGGUUAUGUAAUGUUGAAAAAAUUUCAAUCUUUAAAUAUAACAUGCAUUGAAACUAGAAAUUGGGAUAUACAAAAUCUAACUUGCAACACUGUUAAAUGCCUGGAACCUCCUACGGUGAAUAAUUCGGUUAUUGAAGAUAGAAAACCAAUAUAUUAUUACAAUGAAAAAGUCCAUAUAAAAUGUAUUACUGGCUUCGAGUUUAGUGAUAUUGGAAAAGACGAGGUAAACGCAACCUGCUCAGCGGUGGCUACUUGGAUAGGAUUUAAAACAAACUGCUCAAAAAUUCAAUGUCCUAUUCUUCCUUUGUGGGAAAGCGCGGAGAUCAGCUCAAACAAGAGAUCUUUUGAAACGGUAGUAAACAUAACCUGUACUCAUGACGAUAGCAUAUAUCAAUUAUUAAAAUGUGGUGAAAAUAAAAAAUGGACACCUGAUUAUCGAAAUUGUCCUGAUGCUCGAAAAGAAGAAGUAAAGCCUGCAGAGGCUGAACAAGCCGUUGAAAUAGGUUCACUUGCUAUUGGCAUAAUGAUAAAUGAUAAUAAACUGCAUCAUCCUUACAGCUACAUAUCUAUCUAUAACGAAUAUGAAUAG